GUGGGUGGUGGCUGUGCCGAGUGCAGGCUCGAGUGGUGCAACAAUGCGAGAGCAAUCCAAGGAGGAGGCAGAGCUGGCUGCGGAACUGUCAAGCUGUAUGCUUUCACACUACAAGUAUUGCGCAGCUGGAGUGUUGCUGGGCCUCCCGCUAAGCGUCCACAAGAAGAGCUAUUGGCCGGUGACACUGGCGGCGGUCGCAGGAACGGCGGCCGACUUCAAGGAGGGUACCGCCGACUGCAGGCCUCAAAGAGAGGCGCUCAUGGCAUUCAUCGCUCGAAAAAACGCCGGGCAAGCGAAGGCACAGCAAGAGGCAUCAGCUGGGACCACGGAAAAUCCUGGUCAACAUUCACCUCAAGAAGGUUGGCCGGGAGAGGGGCGGCAAGGCUGGCCCGAGAAGGGAUGGGAACAGACUUUCCAUGACCGUGACGGCGGCAAAGAGGUUGACAGGGAGGGCGGCGACAAGUGGUGACCUGGCUCUCCUCUCAUCAACUUCUUUCAUUUGGUUUGAUGUUAGUAGGCUAUUGCUCGUGUCGAAGAAAGUGCACUCCUGUAGAGGGCUUUCGGCGGAGGCCUGAGGAGGGCUUAUCGUUUGACGUUUCAGCUGGAUCUUCAUUCCUGACGAAGUCUGCACAGGGUACUUUCGUUCUCGAUCUCUGCGGUCCACGAAGACGGUUUUGAGCCUCCGCUCCGUUGUAGUGUACACCCGAAUUUUACACCGAUCGGCUGAACGCGGUCCAUAUAUAGAAUUUAGACUAAACUGUUUCAAAAGAGCUUCUUCAUGAGGCUACGAAAUAUUUCGAUGGAAUG